AUGGGAGAGAAACCCUCACUUAUCUUCCUUGUCCGUUUGUCUUUGGCCCCCACUUUCAUAUUCCCUCAUUUUCAGCUUCUCAAAUAAGCACUUUUUCACUUCAGCUUCCGUAUAUAAAUAUCUUCUCUUUUCACUUAUACCAACAAAAAUAUUUCAAUGGAUUCCAACUUCCUUCUCAACCCUUCAGGCCUCCACUCAGUUUAUUAUCAACCUAAGGAGGAUGAUGGCCUCAUCGAUCUCGGCCUCAGCCUCAGAACUCUGCAGCCUGAAGCCUAUCAGCCAUCUCAACAUGUGGUAGGCAUGGAGGGAUAUGGAGACUUUAUGGAGUGGCCACAGGCUGAUUUGCAGCUGAAGAAUCCAGGCAGGGGAUUUCCCGGGCUGAUACAAGACGGCGGCGACGACGAGGCUGAGGGAAUCCAGAGCAAAGAGAGGUGGGCUUAUGUGAAGGUUAACAUGGAUGGAGUUAUUGUGGGAAGAAAAAUCUGCGUUCUUGACCAUGAAGGCUAUUCUAGCAUGGCACAUAAAUUGGAAGAAAUGUUUGGUAUGAUUCCAGGGAGAAAUUCUGCAUCU